AUGAAUUACGUCGAUCAACAGCAGUUUAUAAUGCAACAUGGACAACGAAUGCAGAAUCCUCGGAUGAUUUCUGUGUCAACAGCGGUGACACCGCAACAGCUACAUCGGCAGCAGAGAUAUGGUAUGACGAUGAUGCAACCGGGUCAACAACCAGUACAAAUCGCAUCCGGACAGUAUGUACAGAAUCCACAAAUGCAGCCAAGGCUAUUGACAAUGAGUGAUGCGUUAUCUCGCUUGCCACCCGAAGUACAGCAGAUGGCUCAGCAACAAAUUAAUGCAGAGACAAAUGUUGAAAAAAAACGACAAGUCGCUUUAGGAUUUAUACAGGGACGUGUUCGACUAACGCAACAAUAUCCAGGACAAGGCACGAUGAAUACUGGUGGGAUGAUGAUUAGUGUUGGGCUGAAUCAGCAAGUUGGUAAUACACAAAUGGUGCGAAUGGGAACUGUGCAAGGCGGUCCAGUACCGUAUCCAGCACAAAGUGUUUCUUUGCAAACAGGUAUGGGACAAAUGGGACCAACACAGGUCUCUGUGCAGCGCAUGCCAAAUCAUUACAUGGCAAGUGGUAUAAGUGGUCCUCAAAGUAUACAAUAUCAAUCUCAAGAUCCUGGAAAUGUUCAAAAUUAUAACUCACAGCAGCAAAUUACUCUUACUCAGCCAUCAUCUGUAGGACCAACUGUACAGCAGACUUCUUCGCUGCAUCAUAAAGGCCCAAGCAGUGUUCCAUCCGCAAUUUAUGCGCCGUAUCAUCCUGAAAGCACGACUACGACACACAGUACAUCAGCUAGUGAAGGUGAUAAAAGUUCAGAUGAACCACUUUAUAGUCAGAAGCUAGAGUUAUUAAAACCUUAUCAUGAACAUAUUAAAAGAUUGCUCGAAAGAAAUCGUUUGGAUGGACAAACACCGAAGUCGAAGUUUGAGCGUCUUCUUGAAAUAAUGGAAAACAGACGGAAAGUAGAGUUGAAGCUUCUGGAAAAGUUGGUUGUUAGUGUGAGAAAUUUAAUCGAACGUGAUUCGCUUUGUUUCCCGUUGAUAGAUGCUUUACGUUUAGAGAGCGCUGAUGCGACGAAAACACCACUUCCGGAUCCUUGGAGUGACUUCCAUCAGUAUGCUAUAAGAGUUCCGGAAAAAGUAAUAAGCUUGGUCAAGGAAGAAAAAACGAAAGAUAAGGAAGACGUAAUACCAGUAAAACGAAUCAAAAAAGAGAAUGGUUCUGACGAACGCAUAACGGUGAUAUGCCAAGAUGGUUCACGGCUGGAAUUAUCACAAGAAGCAUCGGAUCAACUUCGGCCAUACAGUUAUAGGUUUGACUCUGAAUUUAUACCAAUAUCAGAUGAUUGUACAGAAGUUCAAGUAUUUAUCGAAAACAAUAUUCUUCUAGUACCACCAUUGCGAUUAGUGGUUCCUUUGAACUAUCCGGAAUCCAGGGCAUCCAUAUGGCGUGAUCGGUGGUCGUAUGGUGGUGUUAGCUUAGUUGAUGUCAAUACACAAUUUGAUAAGCGCUUAAACAUGGCUGUGAAUUGUCGAAGCAUCACGGAAAUUGUCAAUGCUUGGAAGCUUGCUUCUUUGCAUGUCCUAAAAAUUGGUAGUUCUAGCGCAAGCACAUAG